AGUCGAGCCCGCAACUUUUAGACAGCAGUUUAAUUUUAAAGAGAGUGGUGGGGUGCAUUGUGGGAGAUUUCCGAUUUUAAAGAUGGCGGCCGGUGCGGCGAGAAAUUUUCGCAACUUCCUUAGUGAAGCUGUUACAACAAAAAGAACUCUUGUGGUACUUCGCACUGGUAUAAAAUCAAGUAUUCCAUGCAUGGCGAUCUUGAAUCGUCCAUUUUCUGAUAGCAUGACUCCAAUUAGCGCUGAUGUUUCGAGUGAAAGCUCUCCAACCAUUUCAAGAAGUCCGCUCUUCAGCGGCCAGAAGGUCGCGCCGAAAAGAUUCCAGCUAUCGUUCGAGGAGUUUCAGAAGCUAAGAAGGAAGUUACGUACAAGGCAAAGGCUUGCAGGUCUACCAAUUGGUAUGACAGCUCUGCUUACGUCGUCGGUUGUCAGUGCCUAUAUGUUUCCAAAUAUGUUCGAUGCCACGCCGGAACAGAUCGAACCAAUAUUGGGAAUGGAUCCCAUAAUUUUUUGUGGUUUGUGUGGUGUAGCGAGUGCAGGAGUUGGGUUUGCAGCUGGAACUGCUGCUUUUAAAGCAAUCUGGAAUAUAUGGAACAAGGACUUGGCAUCUAAACUUCAAGAGCGUGAAGCAGAUUUCCUGGAAAGGGUGGCAGCUAGGAGGGCUUCAUCAUACAGCAAGUUUGAAGACGACUAUUACGGUGAAAGCAUCAAGACUGUCAGUGAUUACAGACAGUGGCUGCGAGAACAACAAAAAAAGCAGACUAUGAUGGAAAAGUAUGACAGUAAAGAACAAUCAAAAGAAAUGACCACGGAGGCCGCUUGAGCCAUGCAAAGUACAUGUACAAAUGGAAUCAUAAUAUCUGGAUACUAAUGAACAUCCCAAGUCUCAAAAUUGUUUUGAUAUACGUAGAUUCCUUGACAGAAAAGUCAGAGAAGACUGUAUAAGCUGAUCAGAAGGUUGUCAUCAACCUUCUCUUUGGUGAAGCUGCCAAGCAAAGGACAUAACACAAGUGUCUACCAUGUUUUGUUGUUCCUACAUUCUGACUUGUAAUGUUAGUUAUCCCACAUCAGAUGCUGUAGCUCAAAUUUUGGAAUUUUUCAAAUGUGGUAUCAAGUUAUGAUUGUGUAAACAGAGAAAAUUAAUCGGGUCAUAUAUUUGCUUAUUUGGCAGGCCCAGGAUAUUUUUAUCUGGAGCAUAAACAUGUUCAUUAGUUAAGCAUUCCUAGCACGGUUUCUUUAUAAUGUACAUCUCAAGAAAAGGCUUGAAAAAUGUAAGAGAGGAUUGACGAAAUAAAGGAAUGAGUUUUAGACUGCUACAUA